UACCUCAGCAAAAAUGUCAACCAAACCAGAGGAGCUGAAGAGUGCCUUUGACAGAGAACUUAAUAUUAGUGAUUUUCAAUUGGUAUGGGAAAAAGCUGGUGUUCUUUCAGGACGCUGGGACUCUAUUGGUAUUCUGUUAGGAAUCAGCCCUAAUAAGAUAGAUGAGAUUGAAGCAGAAGGCAAGCCGCCAAGAACUUGUCUACGGAAAGUAUUUGAUUGCUGGUUGAGUAGGAACUAUGACUAUAAGAGUCAUGGUGUCCCUACAUUAAGAAUGCUGUGUAACUCCAUUAAAAGUAAUAGUGGAGGAGCUGAUCCAGCUCUAGCUGAUGAAAUAGCAAAAGAAUAUGCCAUUAAUCUUAUUAGUAGUGGAGAAGCUACUACAUCACCAGUUGAUAUUUCAUCUUCUAAAGAAGGUACUCCAACUGUUGAGUUACCAGUUCCUACUUCACCUCAAUCUGAGUCUUCAGUUGUUUACGUUAAGAAAAAAUCAAUUGAAUAUUUACCUAAAAAUACAAUGGCACGAAUGAUUGGAGACCUAAAAGAAAUUUACCUUGAUAAUAUGUAUCAUACAGAGAAGUCUUUUUGUUCUAUUGAUGUCUCAGAAGUUGUUGAUUUUACUCAACAUUACAUCUCACUUUUACUCAGUCCACGUUUUCAAAAACCACUAAUGAUUGAGUCAAUCGAAAAAGAGUUUGACCAUGUUAAAACAAUGAGUCAGCUGUUUAAAACAUUACGGAAAAAUGUCUCGUGGUUUAAUUUUGAACUUGUUGUCAAGUUAGUCAAUACUUUCAUUACUGAUGAGAGAGAUUUACAGAGGAAGUGGUCCACAUAUCGGGAGAAAUUAAAAGAUUAUUUUAAGAAUAAUAAUACUCCAGCAGUUCAAAUUGCAGACUCAAUUGAGUUUGGUCUUUCUGAUGUUCCAGGCACUAAAGUAAUGAUUGCUAAGGUUGCCAGAGACGACUACACAUUAAAUGAUUUAUAUUUCUUUCACAAGCUAAUCGCUGAUGCACUUGAAGUUCCAGAAUAUAAUUUUCAUUUUUGUACAAUUCAAAAUGGCUGCAUGGAAUUAAAAUAUUCCAUUCCUGAUUUUUUUUAUUCUGUUCUCUUUCCAUUAACCAAUCAACAGUGUCAUUCAUUGGCUGAGAUUGGAAUCAUAAAAAUUACUUGUCAUGAAUAUGUACAUGAAAUGAAGCAGUUGCCAGAAAAUCAAUUAAAGAAGCUACAUGAUUCUUUUAUUGGUAAUUAUCAUUAUUAA